AUGCUGUUCCUCAAGGCCGCUACCACAGCGGCUCUGCUUGUGCUUGCACACCUCUUCGCUUUGACAGUAGCACUUAACGCAGCCCUUCCAUCGUCUGAGCUCAUCGCCCUAGGUGGCGGCGUUGUCGGAGGACUAUAUCGCCCCGCCGUGCAGAGCCACAAGGCCAGUCUCGCGCUCUUCCUAAUGCAUGCCGGCAGUGACUACCUUCGAUUCACAGCGUGCACGGAGCUGGCCUCGCGAGGUUUUACCAUAUUCUGUGCGAACAACUACGCCAGCAAGGCCGGGCAGAAUUCUGACUUGGAUUUUGACCUCAUGAUGCAAAACGUGGGACUGGGAAUGAGCUAUCUUCGGAAUCAGACAGACAUCGAUCACGUUGUCCUUCUCGGACACAGCGGUUGUGGCGCCAUGAUGGCGGCGUAUCAGAACAUUGCAGAGAACGGGGUAUCUGUGUGCAAUGGCCCCGAGAAGAUAUAUCCAUGCUCUGAUGGUCUGGCUGGGCUGAUGCCUGCUGAUGGCAUAGUCUUGCUGGAUGCAAAUUAUGGAACUUCGACGAUGACCCUUCUAAGCGUUAACCCUGCCAUUAUCGAUGAAACGACAGCUUUCGCAGAAGCCUUCCAUUCUGGCGUUGCUGCCCGUUGGCAACGUCUCGUGAAGUACGCUGAAGAGAGGAGAGCAAUCAUCAUGGCUGGCAAUGGCACCUUCAGCGAUGAUGAGCCUUUCUACAUACCUGAUGCACAUUUUGUUGGGGGAAACAACAAGCUCUUCGCACAGGACACCCAAUUCCUCUCGCACACCGUCCAUGAAUGGCCACUUCUGCACAAGAAUGGAUCCACAACUACUCAAGUCGUCCGCUCGGUUCGCGUACCUGCAAACCUGAGGUCUCUGGCUGAUUCAUUCCAGCAAGGAGCACUGAAAACGACUAUCAACCGCUUUCUCAGGACAUUCGCCAUCCGCGUCACGGAUGACUUCUCGUACAAUGGCGACAGCUUCACGGGUAUCGACUGGGCGUCCAGCCACCUUGCUACUCAAAAUCCUGUGUCCGGAAUUCACGUACCGAUGCUAACAAUGGGGAUGACGGGUCAUUGGGAGUAUCUCGCUGCUGAGAAGGCAAGUCACUCAAACUCAACCGUGUUUCAGGAUUGCAGUGAUGACAAAACGAUCGCCUUCGUUGAAGGGGCGUCUCAUACCAUUGAUGUUUGCAAAGAUUGCGAGAGCUUCCCGGGCCAGUAUGGCGAUACUAUCAAGACUUGCUUUGAUUUCCUCUAUUUCCACGACAUCGCAACUUGCCCCAACGAUGAAAGUUUGACCACAUCCGCUACCAAACUGACUCUCCUUGAAAAUGUCUUCAGACCUGGCCAGCGCACCUGUGGUCGUCGGUCACGAGUUCCAUCCCCUCCGGCACAAACGCAAAGAAUUCCGAGUCCUCAAUUUCCUAGGCAACCGCAACACCCUCCGAGACCAAAAUUCCUUCCUCAAGUUCAACUUCCAAACCCUUUCUCUCAGAGACGAACUCCUCCCUACAUACCACGCCAUCUCAUACACAUGGGACGCGAACCCCGGAACCGCAACCAUUCUACUAGACGGCAAGGAAGUGACAGUCCCAGGGAGCGCGGAGCGGGCGCUCAGAGGCGUGAUUUCGCACAUGGUGCCGUAUUUAUUGGACAGCUCGAUCUGUUUGCUGUGAAUCGAUGCAGGGCUGCGUUUGAGACGGUGGAGAUGCUGGCUGGGGACUGUAUUGACAAAGUUUCGGAUGAGAGCGAGCUUCAUUUGCCUGCGUGGGCUUGGAAGGAUAAGUUUCCAUACUGGUCUGAAGAUCCCCCACUUCGAUGCGACUGGAGGGCUCUCGGUCGCCUGCUUGGGGCGAGGUGGUUUGCUCAACUCUGGAUCAUUCAGGAAGUCGUCGUAGCGGGAGACGUCACGAUGAUUUGGGGUGGGUCCUCGAUUCCAUGGGAGACACUGGCGAAAGCAGUGCGAUGGACGUGGCAUCGAACCUUCACCCGCUACAUCACAGAAGCCCUCGAGGACGAGAAUAAGAAAGAUGUCUCUAUGAACCUGUUAUUCGCGAGAGAGAUCUGCCGGCUAAGGGACACGCCCUCCUCGCAAAUUACCCUUUCGCAGCUGCUCCUUUGCAACUGCCACCUCGAGGCCAGCAAUCCCUGGGAUAGGGUCUUUGGUCUGCUUGGUCUGCUCGACAAAGCGUCAAACUCUUUGGGAGUGGUGAUGGAUUACGAGCGGCGAUUGAGAGACGUCUAUGCUGAAGCGACCUGCGCUGCCAUGGUUGAGCAAGGGAGUCUGUACCUCCUGGGUCUGGCGAUUGAUAACAAGUCUUCUUUGGCUAUGGAAGAUGACUGGCCGUCUUGGGUGCCGCGCUACCAACAACUGAAGGGACAUCGUGAGAUUGCAUCUUUAUCUCGCACUAACGGGUGCCGUGCUUCGGACGGAGUUUCAAUGACUUGCAGGUACUCAAGCGAGGGCAAUGUUUUGGACGUAAAAGGUGUCUUCGUGGGUCGAGUGGUCUGUGUUCUGGACAUCUCCUCGCUUGGAGAUAUGUCUGAAGAUGACGACAGCAAUGAGGACAGCGAGUCAGCUGAUGAAGAGGAGGACAAGCCCGUAUACCAGCGUCUCGUCCAGGCUUGGCUCUCCGGUUCCUCUGCUACCACCUCCGCGAGCAUGACGAACAUAGCGAGCUCGCUGCACCAGCGGAAAGAUCCAUCCCUCAAGCUCUGGCGAAAGACCCUCCAAAUCAAAGACCUGGCUUCAUUGUUCUUAAACGUCGUGCGGCAAUCUCCUAGAACCUGCGAGGCAGAGACUGAGCGGCUAUUGUCUCUCGUGGAAGGCGACGAGGGCGACAGCUGGUCCAUCGUAUGUUCAUUACACAAUUUCGUCCGCGCGCUCGGCUUAUCAUCGAUUGUACUGUCAGAAGACGGCCGGUUUGGAUUUUGCGUAGGGACGGCCAAAGUUGGAGACGAGAUCUGUCUCUUGUUCGGUGGCGAUCUUCUUUUUGUGUUACGUGCUGGCGAAAGCGAAAGGGGGUGUCGAAAGAUGGGUGCGUAUGCUGUGGUACCGGGUGUGAUGGAGGGAGAACAUAUACGGCAGCUUCGGGAUCAAGGUCGCGUGGAAGCUGAGACUCGCACUUUUCAUGUCAUCUGA